GAGGGUUUGGUGCUUCGCGAUAUCAAGGCGGGCGUGGAUGUCGCGAGUGUGCAAGUCCUUUGUCCGCCUUUCACCCUCGAGCUCUUCACUUUCGGUUCAAAGAUUGAUUCUUCUGCGAAGCAAUCCCCCAGCGUAAUCUCUGAUCACAACUUCUUGACUUGAAUCGUACUCGCUACACAUUAUUACAUACCAAUUACCAUGGUCUUUGGUUUCUUCACCAGAAAGCCUGCGCCUGAAAUACCACCCGAAUCUGUUCCGCUACCCGAAUCGCCGCCUCCAGUUGCGCGUUCACCAAACUCUUUCAAAGCACCGAAAGCUCAUGAUCAAGUACAGUUACGAACUCCCUCUCCUUCGGUGGACUCUGUAGCACACGGUGCUUAUCAUUCGGCUUCGCCUCCAUCGACUGUUUCUAACAGUCGCUCUUCUGGUUCUGCACGUCCAGGUACUCCCUUCUCUCAAGUAGGACCCACUGCUGUCGAUGCUGUGCCUAGGGCCCCCUUGGAUCCUACACCAGACUCACUCACAUCCCUUAUCAAGACGGUACCAGCAAAGGUGCUACAUACAUAUACUCUUUCACGUAUUCCCGACGCGUCGGAAGAUGUACUCAAGUCUUUAGCGACCUUUUUCGACACACUUACCCCUCCUCCAAAGCUGCACUGCGUCCGUUGCCACAAGGACUAUGUCGACGUAGAAAACGACGAUCGCAGCUGCUUGGUACCUCACGACGAUGAAAGUGCCGAGGUAGAAAGGGUGGGAAGGACUGCCAAGAAAGAGGGAAGGAGGAUUUCUGAAGGAAUGGAAUAUGAGACUCUUUGGGGAUGUUGCGGGAAAGUGACUGAAGGGAAUGGAGAUCAAGGCCCGCCGGACGGGUGGUGUUAUGAAGGGAAACACACCACUGAUAUCAAGCGUGCACGCUUCCGAGCGGACUCCACGCCACAAAAUGACAAACUGGUCUCUUGCCUGCGCCUUAACUGUCACGGCAUCCGUUCCCAAAUGCCCCGUUCGUCCACGCGCAAGCGUCCUCGCAAUAGUAUACAAUACAAGGAAGCUAGCUCAGAAGAUGAUGGUAGCGAGGGCGAGCAUGAUAGUGGUAUGGAGGAAAUCGUGGGCAAGAAGAUCAAGAAGACCAAGGGCAAAGGCAAGGCGAAGGCGAAGGAGGCCUCUGAAGAUGAAGACAAAAUGGAUGUCGAUGAACAGAAUGAGGAAAAGGCCGAAGAAGAGUCUGUAGGUCAGGCUGAGAGCGCGAGCAAAUCAGGUAGCGUUCGUGGUCGCGCCAAAAGCAAGCCAAGCGCUUCUCGUCCUCGGGCUCGUCCUCCCAAAUCGAAGAAGGACGGCGAAGAAGCUUCUGCUUCUGCCUCUGCACCUCCAAAGCGCAAGAGCAGACCGCCGAAGAGCAAGGCACUGGUUAAAACAGAUAGUAUGCCUACUGCUGCAGAGAAACGGGGUCGAAAACGUCCUAGUCCUUCUAUCUCCAUUUCACCUACGAGGAGUCAUCGUGACGAGCCCCCGCGCACACGUUCGCAGAGUCGGACUAGGAAUUCUACUACGAGGAUGAAUUCUUCGCCUUCGAGGAAACCAAAGUCGAGCUUGCGGGCUUCGAUGAUCAUUCCGGACUCGGAACCUGAGAGGCAGGAAGAGAAGCCGAGAAAGAAGCGCAAGGUUGAUGCUUGAAGAUGACGAAAUGCGGAGGAGCUCCUGAUGUUGGUCACCAUAUACGCUACAUGGUGACUACGAGGAUAUGGUGGCAUAUUUGCCACGUACUGCGAUGAUCCUAUUCCCAGUCUUGUUCUGUGUAUAUGUACUAAUUGGUAAGUCUCCUCGUUAACUCUUUUCCAUUGAUGCCUCACAUGCUGACUUUGGACUCACGACACAAGUUAUGGUCGAUUUAUUCAGAACAGUUCAUAGCAUAAAUGCCACACGCUCUUUACUGUCUCCUACCGUGACUUUACUUGCGUCAUUUUAUCGCAUUUGUAUACUGCGCACCACACUCUUUAUUUAGCCUAAUAUUCCUUGCUUUAUUCAGUGUGUUUACACGCUCAGUGCCACAAGCAGUUCGAUGAUCUUGUUCACAAAAUGCACUGUAAUCACGGGCAGUAACAGACUGGCACACUGGAAAUAAUUGAGACAGGACAACGUGCCUUAACACUACGAGUACUAUCUCUCACUCGUAGUCUCCCAAACUCUGUUUACAUGAGGAUACCCAACAUGUGAAGUAGCGGGUUCCGUAGUCUUCACAAGAGUGACUGCGAACUCUUAUUAGCUUCUUCC